UCUCGCAAAUCCCCUUGCUUGCUUGGGUAGCGAAUCUGAUGAGCUGCAGCUGCCGAAGCGUUAUACCACCUAUACUAGAGCCCAUGCAUCCAGGGGUUGUCGACUGGCCAUAGCAAAUGCCCCCGACGUCGCAGCCGAAAACAGAGGGAGCACUAUCGAUAUCUACUCUUGGCUGAAGCAACACUAGGUCGACAACAAAGCUGUAAUAAGUAUAAGUUUUACCUGUGACGUUACCGGAUUCUUAGGAUACACCUUCAGCAACAUGGGUUUGAUAGUCCAAGUGUGUAAGGUGUUAGGACUGGUGUUGAUAGGACUACUUACCAUAAUGCUCAUCAGAACAGCAACCUUCCCGUCCAAGCAGCCAGAGGUGACCGAGUGCAAGGCCUUGGACACAGACUUCAUCCAGGCGGACAAAGACCUCAUUAGACGGUUCCAGGAGGCCAUUAGGAUCCAGUCCAUCUCCUGGUCCAGGUUUGAGAUAGAGCUGGACGAAGUGACCAAACUUCAUCUCUUCCUGGAAAAGAGUUUUCCUCUCAUCCACUCAUCAUCCCUUGUUACCAAGGAGGUGAUCAACGGCCACAGUCUCCUUUACACUGUGCAGGGUAGUGAUCCAACACUCAUGCCCUACAUGCUGGCAGCCCAUCAGGAUGUGGUCCCAGUUAAGGACCAAGACUGGGACUAUCCACCCUUUGAGGCCAGGGAAGUUGAUGGGUACAUCUAUGGGAGAGGGACUAUAGAUGACAAACACGCUUUGAUGGGAAUCAUGGAAGCGCUAGAAUUCCGUCUGAAGCUCAAACAAAUUCCAAAAAGAACCGUGUAUUUAGCGUUCGGCCAUGAUGAAGAGGUAUACGGUAAAAAUGGGGCUGGCAAAAUAGCCGCAGAGUUGGUGAAGAGACGUGUCAUGUUUGAUUUUAUCUUGGAUGAAGGAGCCAUCAUAGUGAAUAACAUAUUCAAAGGUCUGGAUAAACCUGUUGGCCUCGUCUGUGUGGUGGAGAAGGGCAUAGUGACAUUAAACCUGAGCGUAGAAGCUCUACCAACCGGCCAUUCAUCUAUGCCAACUCCCGAGACCAAUAUCGGCAUCUUGACCAGGGCACUGAGCAGACUUGAACAUCAUAGACAACCAAUUCUUUUUGGUCAUGGGCCGGAGCAACAGAUGUUUGAACAUCUUGCUUCAGAGGCCAAAUUUCCUCUUCGUUUCAUCAUUACCAAUAUGUGGUUUUUUAGGCCUCUCUUUGGAUGGGUAUUGACCAAGUUGGGACCCAGUACCAAUGCUUUUGCCAGAACCACAACUGCUAUUACUAUGAUUCAUGGUGGUUUUAAGACCAACGUUCUUCCUCCAAAUGCCUGGGCUAUAGUCAACCACAGGGUACACCCAGCACAGACCUUACAACAGGUUGUGGACCAUGAUCAUAGCAUCAUCAAUGAUGACAGAGUGAAGAUCAAGGUUGAAGAAGGCUUGGAAGCAUCCUUCAUCUCACCGUAUGAUCGGGACGCUCAUGGUUAUCAGGUCAUCUCUCACAGCAUGAGACAAGUCUUUCCCUCAGUCCUGGUAGCGCCCGGUGUAAUGAUCGGCAACACAGACACGAGGUAUUACUGGAACCUGACAAAGAACAUCUACCGCUUCACCCCAACCAUUGCCAUGGGUACGGAGGACCUCAAGCGUUUCCAUGGCGUCAACGAGAGAAUAUCGGUCAGCAACUACGAGAAGGUCGUCAAUUUCUUCUAUCAUGUGAUGCAGAACGCUGAUGAGAUGGCCGUCAGCUUGCCACAUGGUCACUCACAAGAAUUAUGAAUCACAGGAAUUACAAUUAUGUACUUAUAUAUAUAUAUAUAUUCUGAUGUGCUCCAUAUUCCAUCACGGCGAAAUAAUAACAAAUGUGGUAUCAUCAAGAGGAGCAAACUCACCUUCUAAUGAUUUUAAACAAAGCGAUGAAUACCACGAGAAGAGAGAUAUAAUUAAUCAUACUUGAGUUUCCAAACCUUUUUUGAGGGCUUUAUAUAAAAUCAGCUAAAUAAACAGUGGAGUGAUCGAUGAGGAGACUCUGGCCACUCAUGUUCGAGUUGUGCAAAAUAUAGCAAAUAUUACUUUGUUGUGAAGCAUAAAACAAAAGGAUAUAUACGCCAUGAUGUGACCAACUGAGACCAAGUUGACCCCAUCAUGGCUUAUAUACAAAGUGUCCAUGAAAAAAGGAAACCCAAGUUUGCUGUUACAUUACUUGAGAAUUGCAUAAUAUUAUUAUUUCGUUAAUUUGUCAUAAUAGGAAAGCUCGAUUUCUCUUCUUUUGAAUGACACCAAUAAUAAUGAUAUUAACCUAUUAGCGCAGACACUAUGCGAAUAUAUUCUUUUAAAGUUGAAUAAAAAUUGGGGUUUAGCUUUGAUUUAAAAGUACUUAACAAUGGUAAUUUCCUAAUUGAAAAAAGUUUUUAAAAUGUACUUAUAUAAACAUAAGAAAUGGUAGAAUUCUCUUAUACCAUGUCAAAUGACAAUCUUAUUUCUUGUUUUUCUUUUUUAAAUAUCUGAGUACAGAUUGAUUUAUACAGUAGGCUUGCGGAUGCACCAUGUG